AUGGAAGAUAGUGAUAAUCACUAUCAUGAUUCAAAUGAAAAUGAAUAUCAUCAUGAUGGUGGUGGUGGGGAUGAAGAUGAACAACAUGAAUAUGAUGAUGGAUUUGAGGAACAAGAGCAUGUAGAUAACAAUUAUUAUGAUGAUCAAUACUAUCAGGAAUACGACCCGAAUGCUUUCGAACCGAUAUGGGUGCGUGCCAUCUACGAUUUCGAUGCCACCAACGAUACGGAGAUCAGUUUCAAAGCGAAUGACAUCGUUUGUAUCACUGAGGACUACAACGACGGUUGGUGGUGUGGCGAUCUCAACGGUUACGUAGGAAGAGUUCCAGCCAACUACUUUGAGUAUCUCGAUCAAGAUCAAGAUCAAGAUCACUCCGGAUAUGGUCAUAGAGCAGCAGGAGGUAAUCAGCAAUCAUACGACGAUCAACAACAACAACAACAAUACGAUGAUCAGCAUCAUCAACAAUACGAUCAACAUGAUAACCAACAACAACAACAACACUAUGACACUGCUAGUGCCGGAGGUGCGCAACAACAUCAUGGCGAUGACGACGACGACGACGACAACGGCCAACAAGAAGACGACAAUCUUCGAAAGGAGAAGAUGCGACAGAAACGUGAAGCCUUCAAGAAGGAGAUGAAAGAACUGCAAGACAAGCUGAAGCAGCAGCAGCUCGAUAAAGAUGAACUCGGUGCCGAGAUCAAUAAGCUCGAGAAGGAGAAAGAAGCCGUCGAGAAUCAGAUCCACGGAAUGAAGUUGCUCCGCUACAUGGAUCUCGAGAUCUACAAGACAGAGACCGACAUUGAACUCGACUCGGACGUCUCUAUGCAGGCGCGACAAACCGGUAUCGGUAUCACACAGGACCUGCGCGCCAUUCGCACUUAUCUCGCCAGCUUAAAGUCGGCGCAGCUCGAGCUGCCCAAGAAGCAAUUCGACGCGAAACUCGAGGAACUCGAGAAGCGCAUGGCUGCCAACCUCAACAACCUCGACGUUUGCGACAACCUCAAGAAAUCCGUCCAGAUGGAUCUGGCACUGCUUCAGAACGAGCUGGAGCUGCUUCAGAUCAACGAGCAGGUCAGUGGACUGCCACUUCCGCCACCGCCACCAGCGGCAGCGUCGUCGUCGUCGGCGUCGCCACCAACAUAUAACGCGUCAACGUUGACGCCGGCGGCAGCAACUGCAGCAGGCAGUCUACCGCCACCACCCAUACAAGUGAUUGGCGGUGGUCCACCAGCAUUCCUCCAAACACCAACAACUGUACUACUAUCGGAAAAAGACAAACGAAAGUCAAUAAAAGAAGCAAAGAAACAAGAGAAAGAACAAUUGAAGGAAAGAGAGCGUGAAGAAAAAGAGAAAAAGAAAGAAAAGAAGAAAGAAGAAGAUCAAGUUUGGAAACCUUCAAAAAUUAACAAAUAA